AAACUGAGUCUCGACACGAUUUCGGCAGCCUGCAACAGGCGUGCAAUGCGCUGCAUUGAUUGAUCAGUGCAUGAAGCAUUGCUACCUAGUACCAAUUCGGAUGGCAGUGAAGCUGGGGUGCAGGGCUUUUAGAAGGCAAGAGAAGCUGCAGGAGCGCGGCUAGCGUCGCAGGAUCAGCGGAGCCACAGGAGCGAGAGCUAGCUAGCAAAUCACAAGUAUGGCGGCCUUUGUUGUCGACGGGAUCGGCAUAGCGCUUGCUAGCCUUCUCGUUUUGUCAAACGGGUUCAUGUUCGUCUUCCUGCUGAGGGUUGGCUACAAAAGGGACAGGGCGUUAUCGGUGGAUGUUUCUGUGAUCCUGAACAGCUUUGACGACAAUCAUGAGGGGAGGCCUAGAAAGAGAUCUGGGAAGCGGGUGCAGGGAAGGCAUUUCGAGAUUGGAGUUGCAGGCGGCACGCCCGACACCCUCAAGAAUCUCAAUGCAGUCUCGCUUGCAGCUGAGGACGCCAAAAAAGUGACACACAUUGAAUGUAAGACUGGUGAAGGUGACAUUAUAGUAUUCCAAAAGUCAACCGAGGAGGCUCCAGAUCGAACUGCUGGGCGGGACUUGGCUGAGCAUGAGGAAACUAAUCAGAAGCAUCUCACUGCCAUGCGAUCCAUCAGACGGCACUCGGCUGAGGAGACUCAUCAGGAGCUGCCUCCAAGACCGUCGGGCGGAAUCAAAAUUGCUCACUCUUUCUUGAGUGACAAGAUGUUGAGUAUCCAGCAAGGGACGAUGAUGCUUUGCACAGUGAUGGACAUUGCAUCCAUCUUAUUAUCGGUGCUCCGGUCAGAAAUGCGGCGCCCCCGGGAGAAUGGGGGCGGAGAGCCAACAGUGCACUCAUAUCCAUUUGCGUACCUGCUGACCGUGGCUGCUUUUGCCGUGCUGGCCCAAGAGGUUGUGCUCAAGGUCCUAUUGGGAGCUAGCUGGUUGGUGGUGCUUCCCGCCAUCAUAAAGAACAGCGUCAACUCCAUGUGCCAAAGGAACGGCAUUGUUUUCAGGAAAGCAGGUGACAAACCGAAAGAAUGGCGGGAGGUUUUGUGGGUCACCUCAAAGUUUGACAAGCGAAGGGGCCUGUGGUGUGACCAUGGGGGCCUGGGGAUCCAGUAUGCCCAUGCUGUCCUGUCUAUCGAAGAAGCAUACGCUGCCGGCGAUGCUUGCUUGGUGCAACUGGCCGUUGCCACGGGGGUGUACUCCUUUGUGAUCGUUGCUGCUGUUGCGAUGAUCAUAACGUUGGGCUCUGCCUACUUUCCUGGAGCUGGAGCCGUGCUUUCUGCGGCAGCCGCGAUCACAACAGCGGUCACCGCGAGCAUGGCGCUGAUCUGCACCCACUUGACAAUGUUGUGUUACCACGUCGGCAAGGGAAGGCGUAUCAUGAGGGAGGUCAACGGAGGUAUGAGCUUUGCCACCGGGAAGAGCAUAAGGGAAUUCCAGCUGGGACCCGGGUGGGGGAGCCCGGAAGCUGUGCGAGCUGCUCUGCUCUAUGUCCUGUGCCCCAUGAUGCUGAUGAAUAAGGUGUUCAAGCCAAAGCCUGGGAUGCACCUCUCUUUCCUUUCCAAGUGGGGUGGACACGGAGGACAGGCGGCGGCGCAGUUCAUGCGUGCGGAUAUUGUAACAAGGGCAGACUCCUCCGAUCUGAUGCGAGAUGCACGUCCGCACAUGGGUGCGCUCUGCACACUCGUUCUAGACGGGGUCAGGAGAGCCGUGGCGCAGGCCGCAACUUUCGUGUGGCUUGGAUAG